UUGGAUGGAUGGCAUUCCAUGGAGGAUACGUAUGAAGGAACGUUAAUAAAAACAGUUGUUAAAACAGUUGGGGGAACAUUGAACAAGAGAUCCUUGAGUGUUUCUAACAACCUAGUUGGAAUCCAACUUCAUAUAAAAGAAAUGUUGAUGUUGUUAGAUAUUAAAUCUAACGAUCGAAAAAUUGUGGGGAUCCAUGGCCUCGGUGGCAUUGGAAAGACAACGAUCGCUAGGGCUGUCUACAACACAGUCUUUCAUAACUUUGAAGGAUGUAGCUUUAUUGCAAAUGUUCGAGAAAGUGCUCGACAUUAUAAUGGGCUUGUUCAUUUGCAAAAGCAACUUAUCUUGGAUAUCUUGAAACAAGAAAACAAAGAUAUUGCUAGUGUGGAUGGUGGAAUUAAUGUGAUCCAGCAAAGAUUCCGUGCAACAAAAGUUCUAAUUAUUCUUGAUGAUGUGGAUCAGGAUAUUCAAGUAAAAUCUUUAGUUGGGGACCGCAAAUGGUUUGGUGUUGGAAGUAAGAUCAUUAUCACAAGCAGAGAUAAGCAAAUUUUAUGUCUUCAAGAUGCAGAAGAGAUUUACGAGCCCAGAGUAAUGGAUAAAGAUGACUCUCUUCAACUUUUCAGCCACCAUGCAUUUAGAAGGGACCACCCUCCAGAAGAUUAUUUGGAUCUCUCAGAAGCUAUGGUAAAUACUACUGGAGGACUUCCCUUGGCUCUUCAAGUUAUAGGUUCAUCUUUAUAUUUAAAGGGAAAAAUAAUAUGGGAAGACAUGCUAAAGAAGUUGCAAAAAGUUCCCAAUAAUGCUGUCAUGGAAAGGUUGAAAAUAAGUUAUGAUGCAUUAGAUGAUGAGCAGCAGCAAAUGUUUCUUGAUACCGCUUGUUUUUUCAUCGGAAUGCAAAAAGAUAUUGUAUGUUACAUAUGGAAUGGGUGUGGUUUCUUUUCUCAAGUAGGCCUUGAUGCUCUUUGUGUAAGGUCUUUGGUAACGAUUAGUGAAAAAGGAGAGUUAAGUAUGCAUGAUCUACUUCGGGAUCUUGGAAGGAAUAUUGUUCGUCAAGAGCACACAGAUGAACCAGGGAUGCGUACUCGAAUAUGGUCUCAAGAGGAUGUCUUGGAUGUACUGGAUACACAAACGGUAGGUAUUGAAUAUGCAUAAGUUAUUUUU